AUGCUCUUCGCUUUAGAUGACGAUAUCGAUAUGCAACCCGAGGACGCGCUGCGCCAGGAGGAGAAUGUGCAAACCGAGUCAAUCUCGCCCCCGGUGCAGAGGCUAGACGGUAAACAAGACAAGUGGGCGCCUCGAUAUCUUUGUAUUGCGCAGCCGCCGGCGCCAUUUACGAACUACGCCAAAGGCUUCAAGAUUAGAUUAUCCGACAUGGGUGGCGCAUACUUCUUUACGAGCCCGCCGACAAAAUCCAUUACGCCUCGCGGACUCCGAGCUCCCGAGUUGGUUCUCACCGGAACUACCAACAAAACCCUCGAUAUCUGGAGGUCUAAAUUUGAAGAUGAUGACCAUCUCCUCUCUCUCACCGCCCGGCUCGGCGCCCUCCCUGAUGAGCUCUGCAAGCAUUGGAAGUCGUCGCCGCUCUACUUUACUGCGGGGAAGCUCUUUAAUUGUCAGCCCGGGGGGGUUGCGGAAGGCGGGGAACCGCUCAUGUUGGGGCAGACGUCUAUGGAGGACUGGUUCGAUCAGACAUGCCCGGAUCUUGACGAGGAGGAAGGCCGCCAAGUAAAGAUGCUUAUGCGAUGGAUUCUACAGUACGAUCCUGCCAAGAGACCCUCGCCGGCGGAGAUUUUGUCUGAUCCGUGGUUUGGCGAGAUCGAGGUGGAGAGCGGCUCGUUCAAAUAA